GUCCGAGAAUAUGCUAGAUUUCUCUUCCGCUUGUUUUAUAUACCCAACAUGUCCUGGUUUCGCAGCAUCAGAUUCUGGGAAGCAAUCAGCAAUCGAACACUUUCAAUUUCGCUUAUUCAAUUUUCCUUGAUCAUUGUUUCAUAUUGGAAAAGUAAUGGCGUUGAUCCCAAGUUUUUUUGCCAACAGAAGGAGCAGCGUCUUCAAUCCUUUCUCUCUUGACCUUUGGUAUCCUUUCAAGGACUCCCCUUUCCCUUCACUCACCACACAUACCCCAGAAACCUCGACUUUUGUCAACACCCGGAUUGACUGGAAGGAAACCCCAGAAGCUCACGUCUUCAAGGCUGAUCUUCCAGGGCUUAAGAAAGAAGAAGUGAAGGUGGAGGUUGAAGAUGACAGGGUGCUUCAGAUAAGUGGAGAGAGGAAUAUACAGAAGGAAGACAAGAACGACACUUGGCAUCGUGUGGAACGUAGCAGUGGCAAGUUCAUGAGGAGGUUCAGAUUGCCUGAGAAUGCCAAGAUGGAUCAGAUUAACGCUUCCAUGGAAAAUGGAGUGCUCACUGUGACUGUUCCAAAACUGGAGGAGAAAAAUCCCGAUGUUAAGACAAUUGAGAUUUCAGGCUAAAAAUUGAAGUUGAGUUUUGAAGGCCUCUCUCUCCUGCGACAGAUUACUCAAAGUAACUACUUUAAUAGGAAAACAAAACAGUUUGCGAGUUAUGAAGUGAGUGUCUCUCUCUCAGCUGAGAGUUUUGUACGAAUUGUGUGUGGUACCAUGUUGUUGUAUGGACUGUGAGGAGUUCUUAACUUCAGCUAUGUAGAAAAUAAAAGAAAUAUUGUCAAUACAUACAUUUACUCUUCUUCCUUGUUGUGAAA